AAAGGGACAAAUACAGAAAAUCAAAGGGAGAAAUAAGCUUUAAUCAGCAACAUAGUUUUUAUGCAGGUGAAAGAUGGAAGAGCAACAGGCAGAUGCCACUGAAGCAGGAAGAGGCACCGAUCCCAUCAAAAGCAAGAGCAGUGAGGGAUUCUGGGAAAGGAACGCACAGGGGAUCCUGGGUAAAGAGGAUGCCCUCAGCUCAGAUGCUCGGCACCAGUAUUUCAGGCCGAUCCGCUACCAGGAGGCCGAGGGACCCCGAGAGGUUUGCAGCCGACUCCACCGCCUUUGCCGUCAGUGGCUGAAGCCAGAGAGACACACCAAGGCUCAGAUCCUGGACCUGGUGAUCUUGGAGCAAUUCCUGGCUGUCCUCCCCCCGGAGAUGGCGAGCUGGGUGAGGGAAUGUGGAGCGGAGACCAGUUCCCAGGCGGUGGCCCUGGCCGAAGGAUUCCUCCUGAGUCAGGCGGAGGAGAAGAAGCAGGAAGAGCAGCAGGUGAGAGCAUCUCAAGAUCUUGUGAUGGCCUUCAGGUGUUUUUGAACUAAAUCUCUCAUCGCC